ACCGCCACGCCCAGCUAAUUUUUGUAUUUUUAGUAGAGAUGGGGUUUUGCCAUAUUGGCCAGGCUGAUCUUGAACUACUGACCUCGUGAUCCACCUGCCUCGGCCUCCCAAAGUGUUGGGAUUACAGGCGUGAACCACCAUGCCUGGCCAAGCCCAGUCUUUUACAACUGAGAACCCUGAGGUUGGUAGAAGGGAGGUGACCUGCCCACACCAGGAGUUAGCAGAAACUUGAACCCAUAUUUCUUUACUGCUCAUGGGCAGAGUAAUACUGCUGCUAUGAUUCCCAGGAGAGAAACGGAACUUUGCUAAACUACCACUUUGGACAAACUCAAAAGCAGAUGGGCCAUAUUUGUGGUCUAAACGCACUUGGAGGCCAGAGACCCUCUGUUACAUAGUGCCUGUGUCAGACAGCCCUAGAAUUUGGAUCCUGGGGCUGGAAAAAGAUGAGAAUGCUAGGAGACUUUGGUUGUGGCAGACUGCCUCUCAAUGGGGCCCACUGUGUUGGCAGAGUGCCAGCGGUGGACUCCUGAUACCUGCAUUUGCAGAACUGAUAGCUGCGGCGAGGCAGUGGUUUGCAGCAGUAUAGCGUUCUCACAACAUCUCUGGCCACUUCUAGAGGCAGAGGACGGGGUCAGCACCAUGGACAGCCCCACGGUCCCGCCUCCCUUUCGUGUGUCAGAACACGCGACCCGGACUAGUCUGGUCUGGUGACGGCCCUAGUCACUGCUGGCUGUUCUAAGCAGGGCGAGGGACUCCCGUGGGUCCCAGAGCAGUCCUUUCGCCCUAGCCGGCUUCUUGCUCUCCUGCGUCCAGUGCUGCUUCCCUCGCUAGCCCCAGGGGUACGAAGGCUCGUGUCGGGAGGUGCGCCCCUCCGGGGCCCGCCGGCCGUCAGACUCGAAGCUGUGGCUGUCAUUGCUUCUACAAUCAGUGCAUGUUCUUCGCUGACGUCAGUCGGAGCUGUCCUGUCGCUAUAUAAGGCUGGCGGCAGUCCCGGGACAGACCCUGUGUUCCCCAAAGCGCCUUCGGCCCGCCCCGAGGGACAGAGACUGGAGCUCAAUCUUGGACCGUACAAACGCUCGCAGACAACCUGGCCGGCGGCACCAUGAGGCAGGCGGGAUGCGCGGCGCUGCUGGCUGCGCUGCUGCUCCUGCUACAGCUGUGCCCUGGGAACAGCCAGAGGAGCCCCAAGGCGGCCGGGGUCCAGGACCCGAGUCUGCGCUGGAGCCCCGGGGCACGGAACCAGGGCGGCGGAGCCCGUGCGCUCCUCUUGCUGCUGGCGGAGCGCUUCCCACGCCGCGCGGGGCUAGGCGAGCGGCUGCGGCGGGACAACCCUCCUCUGUCCAUUGACCUCACCUUUCACUUGCUGCGGACCCUGCUGGAGCUGGCGCGGAUGCAGAACCAGCGGGAGCGCGCCGAGCAGAACCGCAUCAUAUUCGACUCGGUGGGCAAGUGAUGACCCGGUUUGUGGCCGCGAAAACUUUGACCCCUUUCCCCCACCCCAGGGUUGGGAUGAGGGGCAGAGCCACCAGGGCACUCUCUGCUUGACUAUUUUUUAAUAAAAGUACUGAAGACCC